AUGCAUCUCUUCUCCUUUCUGCUGUGCAUCAGUUUGGGAGCUUUGGUAAAAGGUGAAACUGGAAGUGACUGGUGCUAUACUGGCUGCAACACCACACCAGAAAAAUGGGCAGACCUUCCUGAGUCUUCCUGUGGAUCUGACAGGCAGUCUCCCAUUAGCAUAGUCACCAACCUAGUUGAGACUAACCAUUACCUGGAUAACUUUGCCUUCACCAACUUCGACAAUCAAUACAUCAACAAGUCCAUCAUAAACACUGGACAUACAGUGAAAAUCAAUUUGAUGGAAGAGGAAGUUGAAGUGACAGGAGGUGGACUCAGUGAAACAUAUUCUACAAUUCAGUUUCACUUUCACUGGAGCAGCGAAGAACAUAAUCAAGGUUCGGAGCACAUGAUUGAUGGGCACAGAUAUGCAAUGGAGAUGCACAUAGUCAGUCUGAAGAAAGGUCUUACUGUGGAGGAGGCUGUGCAGGACUCAGAAGGCAUUGCUGUUCUUGCGUUUUUUAUAAAUGCAACAGAAGAUGAUGAGAAUAUGUCGGGACCAUGGAGCAACCUUACAUCUUACCUGACAGACAUCACAGGUGCUGCGGUUGAUAUAAGUCAUCACUUCUCUAUCAACGACCUGAUUGGAAAUGUAAACCUCACAAAGUUCUACAGGUACAUGGGCUCCCUGACCACCCCCAACUGCAGUGAAGCAGUUGUGUGGACAGUCUUUAAAGAGCCAAUCAACGUCAGCAAAAAUCUGAUUAAAAAGUUUCCCAUGGACACAAAACUCACCAACAAUUAUCGUCCUACACAACAUCUUAAUGAACGUCGAGUGUUUGCCUCCCCUGCUACUACUUUAGCUCAGAGUCCUCCGUGGUGCUAUGAUGAGCACUGUAAUUACCAGCCGUCUAACUGGCACGUUCUGCCUUACUCCCACUGCGACGGCGAAAGCCAGUCACCCAUUAACAUUGAGACAAACACUGUGAUCGACAAGAAUCUUGGUGACUUCAGUUUUACAGGGUUUGAAAACAAAAAAGCCUUUGCGAAGAUCACUAACACAGGCCACACAGUGAAGUGUAUACUGCAGGACAAUGUGGUGGAGGUCUCAGAGGGAGGUUUGGGAUACGUCUACUCCACCAUACAGUUCCACUUCCAUUGGGGCUCACUGGACUCCAAUGGCUCAGAGCACACAGUGGAUUCACACAGAUACCCAAUGGAGAUGCACAUAGUGAACAAGAGGAAGGGUUUAACAGUGGAUGAGGCAGUGGAGAUUCCUGAUCUGGCAGUGCUGGGAUUCUUUAUUGAGGAAAUGUCAGGCAAUGAAACACAGCAGCCUGCAAGCUGGAACACUUUGACCUCCUACCUGGCCAACAUCACAAACAGUGGUGACUAUGUUUUAAUGGCACCUGGAAUUUCACUGGAUGACCUCCUGGUUGGGGUGGAUCGUACCAAAUAUUACCGCUAUCUUGGUUCCUUGACCACCCCCACUUGCGAUGAGGCUGUGGUUUGGACUGUGUUCAAGGAUUCGAUCAAAGUCAGCAAAGAUUUGAUUGACCUCUUCAGCACAACAGUACGCUUCCCCAACAGCUUGUCACCUUUGAUGACCAAUGUCUUCAGAAACGUCCAGCCAGCACAACCAGUCACAACACAGGCUGCCAGCAGUAGCGCUACCUCCAAAACCUGCUACUCCCUGGGGUUGAUGGCACUGAGCCUGGCUCUGGGGAGGAGUUGGGGCCAAUGAUGAUGAUGAGGGGGGGGAGGAAAAGUUAUUGUGGUGUUUUGGCGACUUAUGGUCCUGCUGGUAAACCUGUUAAUGAGCAUACACCCAUUUCACCAUUUAUCCCAUUUCCUAUGUGAUUUGUCUGACUUAAACCUCCAAAUUAUUAAAGUCAAAUCCAAGCAAAACUGAGCCCUAACACCACAAGACCUUUUGGUGCGUUCCAGUCUAGCUCUAUAUAUAUUUUUAAGUUAUUGUUCACAAACAUUAAAUGUGAUAAUGCCUAUGAUUGUCCAUAUUCCUCCAAUGGUAUAAAAAGCUAUAAAGAAUUUAUCAAUCUGAUUUUAAUCUGUUGCUCACUAAAUUUAUGUUAAACAUUGUGCACAAGAAUGAACAUGUUUAGCAGAAUGAAUGGUUUAGGCACAGCUAAUGACUGCGCUUGAGCUGUCAAAGGAAUGCACUUGCACUAAGUUUACUGGAUAGAUGACGUAAUGGUAACUUGGAAACUCUGCAAUGUAAUCUGAGCAAGAUAGUAUUUAGUUAAUGUGGGCAAGUAUCUGUCUAUAGAGUUAAAACUACCAAAACACCAAUAGUUGUUGACAGACGUAUGUAUCGCUACAUUGCCCAGAUGAACACUCACACUUAAAACUGUGCUGCUUCUUUAACUUGGUGUAAUGAAGGAUUGUUGCUGUGUCACUUGGUCGAUGAACACCAUUAUUUAUCAGAAUGCUGUACAAUAUAGAUUUUAUUUUUUUCCAUUUAGACCGGUGUUGCACUUCUUGCACAUGUAACAAAACGCUGACUUCUUGAUCUUUUGAUAUAUAUUUCUAAAUUAAAAGGAUUUGCUGUCAGU